ACCGCAACUCUCCUACCAGCAUUCAACCCGCCAAACGAACAUCGACCGCUUCACUACCUUACGAGGAGACAACGCAAGGAUAACACCACUACCAUUGACAAUUCAUGCCGGAUCCGGUCGUCCACGCUUUGGGGGAGCCUAAGAUGGAGGCAGACCAAAUAGGCCAGGCACAGCCUUCUACGACUCAAGAAGCCCGCAUAAGUGGAAAUGACACUGCUACUUCAAGUUUUCUCGCCCAUCCCUUCCCCGAAGAAGACAACAGUGAUGGCACAUAUGAAUUAGAAGAGGAAGAAAGUGAAUUCGACGAAGACCUAGAAAUGGAGUACGACGAGGAUGAAUGGUAUCGCGAAGAGGAUAUCCCGGAUUUCGAGACCAUUCCCGUCCGCAAAGCCCAGCGCACGCCGCAGAUGCUCACGUGGAGGCGCGAGAAUGAGGCUCUCAUCGAAAGAUACGUCAGUGAAAAAGCGGCAGACCUGAUAGAAACAACCAAUUCCUGCAUCAAGGCCCACUGCUUCGAUUUCAAAUAUGAUGACUCCCUCGACGACCGGGAGGACAUGAUAUAUCAUGAUCUCAUGAAGCCACACUGGACGGACGAGGGGAUUUUGAAGUGGGAGGCAUCCCAUCAGGUUUUCAAAGGUGAUACUUACGAUGACCUGAAUAACAUGAUGAAGGAAUUGCGAUCGACCCGAAACCCAGAUGCAGACCGGAUCAACACGUAUUUCCCUCUGCGUACACCUGUACCACCAGCUCGACACCCCUACGACCUCGUGGAAGGCAUCUAUGCUAUGCACAUCCUGAGAAUGAAGCGCCUGCUAGACCGUGCAACCUUCCGGCUCGAAGACUGGGUGACGACAGCAUUGGCGAUGGAAUGGGCACGACGGACGCUGUUACGAAGUCUACGCUACAUGAACCAACUGAAGCGCAAAUACCCGCCCGUGAUGAUGAAGAACACUAGCAACAGCUUGCUGUUACUGAUUGUGGUGAAGGAGCUCCAUGACAAGCCUUGUGAGAAACGGGCGGAGCGAGUGCAGAGGGGAAGAGAAACGUACGUGGCAAAAUGCUCACGAAAUGGCAUGAACUCUUUGGAUUGCGGACUGGCCCAGGGUGACGAUAUGAGGGUGAGAUGGCAUUGUACGCCGUUUGAGUAAUGCCAGGAAUGAGAAAGUAGAAGAGGAUAGCUACGGAAAUGACAUGAGAAAGAGGAUAGAAACGGAAUUGAUUUGGACUAGCUAGCCGGUGAGUCGGUUGAGUCUCACCAACAUCAGGAUCUCAUACCUACGCUAAGCUCAGGAAAAAUGAACAACAAAUGUAGAAUAUCUUGGCGUCGCAACUAUUGAGAUCCGUGAUGCAGCCUUUUUUUCCCUGC